AACACGAACAAGGAACAGAGAGUGCUGCACUUUGGCGACCGGGGUCCUCCAGAGUCCCGAAUUCUCACCGACACCACCUGACUUCAUCACUUCACGUGAGACUAACGUACAUCUCCGCAACGUAAUCGCAAACCAUGGGGCUCGACUUCUUGGCAGACGGAGGUGCCGAUUUCGAGCAUGCAAUCACCGUAACAGGAUUCGGGAAAUUUCAUUACAUGCUGUUGGCAGUUUGCGGUUUAAUUUAUAUGGAUACCGCCAUUGGAGUCACGAUACUUUCAUUUGUAUUACCAGCAGCACAAUGCGACCUGGAAAUGGAUUCCACCGCGAAAGGCUGGCUAACAGCAUCACCAAUGCUGGGGAUGGUGAUUGGUUCUUACAUAUGGGGGUGCCUGGCUGAUACCAAAGGAAGAAAAGUUGUGUUAAUCGCUACAUUGUUAAUGGAUGGCAUUGUUGGCGUUGCUUCUUCCUUUGUCCAGUACUUUUGGGUUUUCCUAAUAUUCCGUUUCUUUAACGGUUUCGCCGUUACCGGAGCUAUGGGAAUUUGUUUUCCGUAUUUAGGGGAGUUUCAGGCGACAAAAUAUCGCGAAAAAUGUCUUUGUUGGAUGGAAAUGUUCUGGACAGUCGGAGUCAUAGUAUUACCACUGAUAGCAUGGCUGAUCAUACCGAUGGACUUCAUGUACGUCUCGGACAUGUUCUACUUUAAAUCAUGGAAUCUCUUCGUAGCGCUGUGCGCUCUUCCCUCGAUAAUGUUGGGCCUGUGGUUGUUUGCAUUCCCGGAGAGCCCGAAAUUUCUCCUCGAAUGCGGCGAAACGGAAGCUGCCCUCGAAGUAUUUAAAUGGAUCUACUCGCAGAACACUGGGAAAGACGCCGACUCUUACCCGGUAAAAUCACUGCAAGAAAAAACCAAAGACAAAAGCACGAGGUUGUUGAAGCUACACAAACGGAAGGAUCUAAAGGUGCUUUUAAAGGAAGUACGUGAUCUAACUGCUGCUCUCUGUAAAUCGCCGUACCUUAGAAACACAUUGCUCGCCUGUGGAAUUCAAUUUGGUCUUACCAGUAGUUACUACACCCUCAUGGUUUGGUUCCCAGAAUUAUUCACCAGAUUCGAACAAUUUGAACACGAAUAUCCUGGCGAAUCCACGUCGGUUUGCAUAGUAUCGUCUUUAUCGAGUGAUAAUGGAACUGCAGUCCAGGAUUACGGAUGCGGCAGUGUAAUAGCGCCUUCCGUUUAUCUUCACACAGUUUAUAUAGGACUUGCUUGUAUUCCUGGCUCCAUUAUUCUACCGAUUUUCGUGCACAAACUCGGCGCCAAGUUCUUUUUGAUCAUGUCGUUAAUGGUAUCCGGCGCUGUAACUGUCGCCUUCUAUUUUGUGGUCAAUGCGACGCAAAACCUAAUAUUAUCCUGCGUGUUCGAGGCACUGACGUCUCUCGGUAUCUCUUUGGUCUAUUGCAUAAUCGUCGACAUGUUUCCGACGAAUCUCAGAGUAAUGGCUGCAGCCCUUUCCCUUACCAUGGGUCGAUUAGGCGCGUUAGUCGGUAACUUAGUAUUCGGCUAUCUGAUUGAUUUAGCCUGCGUGAUUCCUAUUAUUUUAUUCGCAGCAUUCUUAUUCAUAUGCGGUUUUAUGUCUUUCCUGUUACCGAAAACGGGUAAAGAAACCCUCGAAUAAUCGAAGGACGACUCGUCUCUUGAAGAGAAUCGAGCGAUAAAAGUAUUUUCAGAAGUGGAAGUACAAUUGAUACACGUUGAAAAGGAUCGUUCUUCUAUAGGAGAAGUUCUUGAUAAAAACUAGCAUUGUAUUGCAAUAAUAAUGAUCGAAGAAAACAAUAAGCACUUCGAUAUCUGCGAAUGUUUCGAUUUUUAUAAGAUCGUGAAGAAUUUUUAAUAAGGAAAGUCCGUUUUUACUUCGUGCAACAACGUGUAAAUUUGUGUAAAUAUAUAAUAUUUAUUUUAUUUUGUGUAUCAUCUUAAAGAUGAUCGGAUACUGUAAUCAUAAAUUAGAUAAGAUAAUGUAAGAGCGCGGUUAACUAUGUUCGAAUUGCGCGCCAAAACGAGUUAAGUGAAUACUUGAUAAAACGUUUACAAAUAUAAAGCCAAGUGAUGCUGUUUAACGUUUAUAA